UGAGUCGGUGUACCGUAGCUACCCACCCACGCAACAGAGACAGAACGUGCCAUUUUGAACUGGGGGGAGAAGUGUAAAACUAAUUGUCAAAAGUCUGCUCUAAAAUGUAUGAACUUGUAUGAUUUAUAUGUUCUUGAAGAGUUCAGCGACUUUAAUUUUAAAUUAAUCCGUAUAUUGCAACGUAACGUUACUUGUUUUUAAGCACAUUGUGGGUCGUGAAGUUAGUCAAUGUCCCCUUUUCACAGAUGGUAGAGUACAGACGUUCAAACCUUCGCGGUAAAAUCAUUUGUGGCGUGUUUUGAUACUGACGUUUGUUGUUGUUUUCUUUAAUGAAGAAAAUAAGUUAAUGUCUGAGGUUUGUUUGUGUUUAAAUCAACGCGGAGAUGAGUCGAAUGACAAAAACACUGAAAGCAGUUCAGCAGGAGCUGAAGAGCACGAAGAAGAAAAGUGAUGAUGUUGUGGAGUCUCCUCAAGGGCUGGACAUUUCAUCCAUAGAAAAAGCCAGUUUCUUUCAGGGAGAUCAUUAUUCUUCACAUGGUAAUCCCCUCCACAGCACUGCUCUGGAAGAAGGUCUCAGUCCUGGAGCCGAACAGAACCAAAGAUCUGCUCCAGAAAAGACGGGCCGACAGCAGACUGGGAAGACUGCUCCUGGUGUGCCUGACGCCCCGAAGACAGAUGGUAACCAGAAUAAAAAUAAAUCCAAACCUGUUUCUAAGGCACUGAAGAACAUUGAAGCAUCCAAGGAGAACCAGGAAACAUCUCAGCCAAGAAAUCAAAGACCAACAUCUACAGGAAGUGGAGUUAAUGGUGGGCUCCUUCCAACCAUAUCAGAGCACAGAGAGAAUUCAGGAGCAUCGCUGAUCACAGUGUCAAAGAAAGGUCAGAGGUCAGCCAAAGGCACAUCUGAGAGACAGCAGAAGUCGUCUUCAUCCUCAGAGGAGCUAACAGAUGAAGAUGAGAGCUUUCAUCCAAACAAGGAGAAAUCUAAAAGAAAAGGGUUGUCGUCAUCCAGCCGACGACAGGGUGGACACAAACAGAAAAGAAAAUCUUCAUCCGAGUCCUCGGAAAAAGCAGGUCCUUCUAAAAGACCCAGAAAUCCAUCUGACCUUGAUGUGGUGCUCGAUGCUUUCCAGGAAUUUGUCAACCAGUACAAGCAGACUGUGAAUGACACGGUGAAACGUAGUAUUGAUGCGUUCAGCCGCACGUUUGACGAGCAGCUCUCAGAGAUUAUCACCGAAUCGAGAGAACUCAAGAAUUUAAAGAGAGAAAACGCCAAGCUCAAUAGCACCAUUAACCAGAAGAGGACCAGAUUUUUGGAAGCCAGUAAUGACUUGAUCAAAGAAAAGAUGAAGCUGACAGCACUUCAGAAAGAUCAUGAUGAGUUGCAACAGAGAUGUAAAGCUCUGAAAGAAGGAACUUCCUUACUCACCAACCUGCAGGAACUCAACAAGAGAUACCUGGACCACCGCAACGCUCAUCCGGACGAGGUGGAAACGUAUGGCCCAUCCUGCAUGCCUGCCAUGUUGCUUGAAACCAGAUGCAUCAUGGGAACUGAACAACAGCUAAAAACUGUCAACGAUCAGCUGCAGCAAGUCAUAGAUGAGAGCGAGGAUUAAAUAUCAACAUUGAAUUAUUGGACUUGAUUAUUUGUAUAUGAUAUGGGAAUUAAAAUAUCUAUAUUUACAUUUA